UAAAAAAUAGAUCCAUACAAAAAUAAAUAACUUAGAACUUUGAUUUAUUUUUUUAACCCUAAACUUUGUCAUCCUCUUGUUGGUUGUCCACUUUUAACAUGAGAUAAAAAUAAAGUUAUAAUCCCAAAAUAAAUUCAUUCUAAAAUUAAUUCCGAAUUAGUUAGCCUUAAAAUAAAAUUUCCCUCACAGUACCAAACAUGUCAAAUGUUCUAUCAACAUCACUUUAGAAGCAAAGUUUACUCCUUUUCGUCCCUUCCUUUCUUGUCAUGUAAUCGCCAUUUUUGUAUCUCUUACACCUCUUUUUAUCGAAAGCCAGAUGACAUUUCAAGCCCAGAAGUAUUGCCUGCAGCUCCAUCUUCUCGCCAGUCCCAUUUGGUACCCUCCAAUAACGUAAAAUUUUCAAGAAAUGGUCAGUUUUCGUACAAAACAAGACACUCUGAGCAUCUUGAAAUCGAUGAUGUGGUACUAUCGAACAAGAAAAUUACAAGUUUUAUUCGAUCUGGGGAUUUAGAUUCUGCGUUUAGAGUUUUCGAGAGUGUGAAGGUUAAGACAGUAAUCACGUGGAAUUCAAUCUUGGCUGGGUUUUCAAGAAAAUAUGGGUUUCUUGAAGAAGCAUGCCAACUGUUUGAUAAAAUUCCUGAACCGAAUGUUGUGUCGUAUAACACUUUGUUAGCUUGUUAUUGGAGAAAUGCUGAUAUUCAGGCUGCUAAGAGUUUCUUUGAUCGAAUGCCGGAUAAAGAUGUUGCUUCCUGGAAUACCAUGAUUUCAGGGUUCUCUCAAAAUGGACUGAUGGGUGAAGCGGAAGAGUUGUUUCGGGUAAUGCCGGUGAGGAAUGAGGUUACUUGGAAUGCAAUGGUAGCUGGGUAUGUUGAGUCUGGGGAAUUGGAAUCAGCAUUGGAGUUGUUUAAGGAAGCUCCUGUGAAAGGUGUGAUUGCUAGGACAGCGAUUGUGACGGGGUAUAUGAGAUCAGGAAAUGUUGAAAUGGCGGAAAAGAUGUUUCAAGAGAUGGAAGAGAAGAGUAUGGUUACGUGGAACACCAUGAUUUCGGGUUAUAUUGAGAAUGGGAGAGCAGAGGAUGGUAUGAAGCUGGUAAAGAAAAUGGUGGGAUUGGGUAUAAAGGUGAACGACUCAACGUUGAGUAGUCUCUUACUAGGUUGUAGUAAUUUAUCUGCAUUGAAAUUGGGGAAGCAAGUUCAUCAGCAUGUCGUGAAGUCCCCUUUGUACUUGGAUAUGACGGUGGGGACUUCAUUGAUUAGCAUGUAUAGCAAGUGUGGAGUUUUAGAGGAUGCUUGGAAAUUGUUUCGUGAGAUGCCAAGAAAGGAUGUUGUCACUUGGAACGCCAUGAUUUCAGGGUAUGCUCAACACGGGGAAAGCGAGAAGGCUCUCAACUUGUUUGAUGAGAUGAGGCGUAAAGGAAUAAAACCAGAUUGGAUAACCUUUGUUGGAGUUCUAUCAGCCUGUAACCAUGCAGGUUUGGUCAAUCUCGGUAUUCAAUAUUUUGAGCAAAUGCAGAAUAAUUAUGGAGUUAAGCCAAAACCAGACCAUUACACUUGUAUGGUCGAUCUACUUGGACGAGCUGGAAAGCUAAAUGAAGCUGUGGAUUUGAUAAGAAAGAUGCAAUUCAAACCCCAUAUAGCACUAUUUGGAUCACUUUUGGGUGCUUGUAGGAUCCACAGAAACUUAGAAGUGGCAGAGUUUGCUGCCAAGAACUUGCUUAGCCUUGAACCUACAAAUGCAGCAGGCUAUGUUCAACUUGCUAAUGUUUAUGCAGCCAAGAACCAAUGGGAAGGUGUUUCUAAAGUUCGGAAAUCAAUGAAAGAAAACAAAGUUAUCAAAACACCAGGAUACAGUUGGAUGGAGGUUGGGAGAGUGGUUCAUGAGUUCAGAUCAGGGGAUAGACUUCAUCCAGAUCUCGAAAGCAUACGCAUGAAACUAAAAGAUCUCGAGAAGAAAAUGAAGUUAGCAGGUUAUGUACCUGAUCUCGACUCUUCAUUACACGAUGUAGGCGAGGAACAGAAAGAGCAGCUACUUCUGUGGCACAGUGAGAAGUUAGCCAUUGCCUUUGGUUUAAUGAAAUUGCCACCAGGAAUGCCAAUUAGGAUAUUCAAGAACCUCAGAGUUUGUGGUGAUUGCCACCAAGCCACUAAAGUUAUAUCAGCAAUAGAAAAUAGGGAAAUAAUUGUCAGAGAUACAACUAGGUUUCACCAUUUCAAAAAUGGAACUUGUUCUUGUGGUGAUUACUGGUAAACUAUUUUUAAGAGUGACAAAACAUUUAUUAUUGGGAAAGUUUCAUUCUUUAUUCGAUAUAAGAGAAAAAGAGAGAUUGUUGUGAUUUUAGCACGUCUCGUCAGAUGUGGUUUGGUGGUGCGGGGUAU